AAACCAAGCCAAGGCCCAAGCCCUAAACCAUCAAAACUAGUGGGAACCUCAUAAAUAUCGAAUCAAUCCCUCUCUCUCUAUUUAUCUGAAGUAGAAUUGAAGAUCAGAAAAAUAAAAAAACCCUAAUUCCCAAACUAGGCAAUAAAAUCCAGCGGAAGAAGCAAUGGUGUGCAUACGCAAAGCAACCAUAGACGACUUACUGGCGAUGCAAGCUUGUAAUCUGCUAUGCCUUCCCGAGAAUUACCAGAUGAAGUACUAUUUGUAUCACAUCCUCUCUUGGCCUCAGCUCCUUUACGUGGCCGAGGACUACAACGGCCGUAUCGUUGGUUACGUUCUUGCCAAGAUGGAAGAAGAAAGCAACGAGUGUCACGGCCACAUCACCUCUCUCGCCGUUCUCCGCACCCACCGCAAGCUUGGCCUCGCCACUAAGCUCAUGAACGCCGCCCAAGCCGCCAUGGAGCAGGUGUUUGGAGCAGAGUAUGUUUCGUUGCAUGUGAGGAAGAGUAACAGGGCAGCAUUUAAUCUAUAUACCCAGACCUUGGGAUAUAAGAUUCAUGAUGUAGAGGCCAAAUAUUAUGCAGAUGGCGAAGAUGCAUAUGACAUGCGGAAGCAGUUGAAGGGGAAGCAGAACCAUCAUCAUGGUCAUCAUCACCACCACCAGCACCACCAUCAUCAUGGUGGUGGAUGUUGUUCAGGUGAGGCAAGAAGCUUAGAUGUGACUCAAACAAGAGGGGACUCAAAAUCAGAGUCAAAAGCUAGCACAAAAUCUGAUUCAAAAGCUGGAUGAUUGGAGAAUUAUGUGGUAUUGGCUUAUGUUCUCUAAUAAUCUAUCGGUGGCCCAUGGUAUUUUUAGUUUGGUUAUGGAAGUAAUAAUCUGACUGAGGGUUUCAAAAUUAUGUUGGCUUUCUCUAUAUGAUUUAGCUCACUCCUGCGAAUGUAAUGGUGUCUGUGCUGUCUGUGUCUUUUACAAUGAGUUUUUUUCCCCCAACGUUGGUCAAAUGUUUCUUUUUUGGUGUUUGGACUUGUGUUUCAAACAAUAGAAUAAGUCUUUAUGUUUAA